UGAGCGGGGAACUCUGCGAUAAAAGUCGUUGGAAUUGCGAGCCUGUUCGACUGUUCCUUAUCCACCCCCACUCGCAGGUGCCAACAGAGAGGCGAGAGUAGAAAUACAAACACUACUGCUGAUUGUGGCGUGAAAUCGUUGAUUCCGGACGCGACCGUCGUUGAGGUCCGAUCAGAGUGUGUCGAAAGUGUUCGAUUGGUUUGCAAGUGCCUUCGGGAACAUCGCGAAAAUGUUUCUAGUGCAAUCGAUGGUGCUCGGCGCGUUUCUUAUCGGCCUCGCUGCGUGCGCUAAUUCCGACAUGGAACUGCAGCUGCUCCAUGUGGUAUUUCGCCACGGGGACAAAGUACCUCAUCGCGAGUUCCAAAACUACCCCAACGACCCGUAUCGCGACCAUUCUUACUAUCCAAUGGGAAACGGUGACCUGACUAACGAAGGCAAAAUGCGGGAAUACAAAAUCGGGACAAUGCUGCGCGAGAGAUACGAUCAAUAUUUCGGUCCGGAUUAUUGGCCGGCCAAGAUCUACGCCCGAUCCACGGAGGUCCCACGAACCCAGCUGUCUCUCCAGUUAGUGCUGGCGGGAUUAUUCCCGCCCUCCAAGAGGCAAACCUGGAAUCCGCACUUGCCCUGGAUUCCGGCCUGGACGUUCUUCGUGCCGUACGAGACUGACAACCUCUUGUUUCCGCAUUUCUGUCAUCGAUAUCAAGAAGAGUACAGACGGUUCCUUCAGCUGGACAGUACGAAAAAGAUGAUCAAUAAGUACAAGAACGUGAUGGAUUAUUUGACGGACCACUCGGGCAAAUUGAUUAACAGUACAGGGGCGGUUAGCCACAUGUACAAUCUAUUGAAGGAAGAGGCCGCGCAAAAUCUAACGCUACCGAGAUGGACAGAGAACGUCUUCCCGAAUCCGAUGCAAGAAAUAAUAGAGUUGGACUUUAAGCUUCGAUCAUACACGAAGACCUUGAGGAGAUUGAACGGAGGUAUGCUGCUUCGCAAGAUGAUGGACGAUAUAAAGGAACACCAAGCGGAAAAGUUGUCAAAAGACAAGAAAGCUUUCUUAUUUGGCAGUCACGAAGUCAACGUGGCCGCCGUUGCCUACGCUUUAGGAACGAACGAACCAGCAGUGCCUGCUUACGGCUCUGCGAUCAUUCUGGAGACUCACCGCGAUAAGGAAGGAUUCUAUUACGUCCGGGUCUUGCUAUGGACUGGCGUUACCGAGCAAGUGAUCGUUCAAACGAUCCCUGGCUGCGCCGAGUUAUGUCCUCUUGAAGAGUUUCUCAACAUCGUAAAGGACAUUUUGCCGAACGACGAGGAGUAUUACUGCCGGAAGGAUAAAACAACGGACGGUCUCAAGCUGAACGCGCAUCAUCGAUCAUCGGCGGCGAGCGUCGCCGACGACAGGAUUUGGCGACACAUCUUCCUCACCGUUUUACUCGCGUUCACGUCCAAAUUCGUGCAGAAGUGAUUGUCCCCGUGUGAAAACGCGAAUGUAUGUUCCAAAUAUUUAUUUAUUUCGGUACUUCCGCAUGACUAAACGACAACGUGACCCUCAACCGGGGAAAUAGUUGCGAAAAUAAUCAGCGGCUCGUGCUGGCCGAUAGCCGUAUCGGAAAUACCUUACCGAACUAUGAGAGUACCCGGAUGAAGCCCAGCAAAGUUGCGGCUAUAUAUGUUUCACUGCGUAUGUUGCGGUUAUCGCGUUGAUGCAUUUUACCGCAUACGUUGUUAUAGCGUCGUGUCGUACACGAACUCUGUACAUAUGUAAAUAGAUGAGAUACACGCGCGGAUGCAGGUAUACCGAUACCUUAUUUUGUAAUCAAUAUUUGGUAAUCGCACACAUUCCCAAGUAAAUCCCUCGCUCGCGAGCGCGUGAAUAUCAUAAGCGCGGAGCCAGCAAACUCGCGUUAGACUUCAUCGAUCGUUCAUAGAUGUGCGUAAUUAAACAUUGUCGAUAGAGGUCACCUGAGACACAUCCACCGAUGCUUUUCACUGCCAUACGAACAUCUAGGAACCACGUCAUUCCGCUGUUUUAAUAUUAGAAUUAAUUUUGUGUGAAACGCUGAAUUAAAAGCCAUAUAUGAGAAUCAAUAAAGAUCAAGUAA